AUGGAGAAAUUAAAGAUGGGUCGUGGUGGUGGUAGAGGCAGAGGAGGCAGCAAAGGAGGAGGUCGUGGUAGUGGUGGAAUGAAAGGUGGUAGUAAAGUGAUUGGGUACAAAGUCUGGAAUCCUUUUAGAUCAAAGCUUGCUGCUGCUGUACUUGGUGGUGUUGACAAUAUUUGGAUUGUACCGCCUGAUUUAGACCUAGAGGUGGUGCUAGUGGAGGAGGAGGUGGUAGAUGGAGUGCUAGUGGUGGUGGAGGAGAUGAGGGUAUCUAGAGAGUUGUCUUGCCAGAUACAUGAUGAAGCGAAAAAAUUCUCUUAUCAGACUGGUGUUAAAGUCGCUGUUGCAUAUGGUGGAGCACCGAUGCACAAGCAGCUGUUGAUUGCUUCUAUCGACGAUGAAGCUUGA